GGUUCUUUUCACAUUCACAUUCACAACGCUGACGUCCGCGGUCGCAGCACACCCGAACACACCUUUCUGCACUGCAUCCACUCACCUCCAACGCGAUGUGCAACCUCAGGCUCUGUGACAAUGUGAAACCGCUCUGAAAAAUGUGUCAAGUGGUGUGCUACGGAGGUAUUCUUCCUGGUGUCCCACAAAGUAAAUAAUCAAGUGAUUCAUUGAUUGAACAAACCUUAGUAACGUGUAGUGUUGGUAGUUAAAGUCCAGUCCAGUGAGUGUGUUUGGUCGAAACGAAGGAAUUACGCUCGACUGCUCACCACUGCACAAUCUAGACACAAACAAUUGAAAUUUAGUUAUUCUGUAGUAAAAAACACAAAUUAGCAUCAAAAUGCACAUGUUUCGACGCGGGAUGAUCUUCGCGACGUUCUUUGGCUCGUGUAUUGCAAUUGCCUUGCUGGUGGCGAGCCUAGGGACGAAACACUGGGUGAAUGCGCAUGCGAAACGCACUCUCAAUCCGCACGAGUCCAAUGGACGCAUUAACUACGGCCUCUUCAGUGGAAAAAAGGACCUAAAUGUCGCUUACGGAUGGAGAAGUUAUGACAUCGAUAUUAUCCAUAUGUUAAAAUACGAACCGGACUUUCUCAUCUAUGGAUUUUGGCUUGGAACUGUCACAUGCGUCUGUGGAGCGUUGUUAUUCUCUGAUUUAGCCGCGGUUUUCGCCGCCAUUAACGCCGCUACGAGUAAUAGUUGUUUCUCUGGCACUCCAGGAUUGUAUUUAUGGAAUAUACUAUCAUUUUUCUGUAAUUUGGGAGCCAUUGCACUGUGGGUUGCGCAGUAUUACAUGAAAAUCCAAUAUAAUGUGUUAUCAUUAGAGGAUUUGGACAAUAGUUGGACAUCGCUGAAUAUGGCUGAGUUGGGGUAUUCGUUUUGGUUUGUAGUGGGCGCCACAGUCGCGCAUUUCAUCAACAUUAUCAUUAUUUAUAUUGCGAAUAGUGACAAGAAGAUUGAUCCGAUUAUUCCGAUGAUUGAGGAGAAGACGAACGGAGCCAUUAUGUUAUACUAAUCUGUAUUGUGUUAGGUUUUAGGUUAUUUUUGGACUUUGUAAAUACGUUUCGAAUCGAAUGUGUGUGUUGAGAGGUUAAGUAGAUGUACUAGGCGCGCCAUUAGCACUUAUGUGUACUUUUUUAUACGAAAUAAACUGAAAUUUACGAGGA